UCGCUGCUCCUGCUCCCGCUGAUCUUCGCUGCUCCUCCGUACUCUGUUCUUCCUCCGUACGCUGAAAUUCCAAAAAAUGAUUCCAUCUCAAUUAGCCAUAGUAAGAAGAAGGAAGAAGAGACAAAUUGAAUUACUUGUACUUCUCAUGGUUGUUAACAAUGUCGUCACACUCAUGUACUUGGUGAUGUGUAUGAUGGGUGUAAUUGUUUAUGAAAUAGAACGACCACGUUAUAGCAAAAGUGAGAAGAAACACUUUAGACAAAAGCACUUGGAUGCACUAAUCAAGGAUAGUGAUAUAGUCUGCAAAAGUGAACUUCGUGUGAAUAGAAAAACCUUUUAUGUCCUUUGUGAGAUGGUCCGAGAUGUCGGUGGUUUAAAUGGCACUCGAAAUAUGUCUUUGGAGGAAAUUGUAGCUAUGUUCUUGUACACGUUGGCACAUCAUUUGAAAAAUAGGACAAUUAGAAGUCAUUUCUUUCGAAGUCUUCUUGCCGUGUUAAAACUACAUACACACUUGCUGAAAAAGCCGACACCUAUAACAGAAGAUUGUGAAGUGGAUAGAUGGAAAUGUUUUAAGAAUUGUUUAGGAGCCUUAGAUGGCACUCAUAUUAGUGUUCAUGUGCCAAGUGAGGAUAGAGCAAGAUAUCGGACAAGGAAAGGUUCUAUUGCUAUGAAUGUGUUAGGUGUAUGUAACCCUAAUUUGGAGUUCAUAUAUGUUCAACCUGGUUGGGAAGGAUCCGCUCAUGAUGGUCGUGUCCUUCGAGAUGCUAUUACUAGGCCUAAUGGUUUAAAAGUGCCGCAAGGUAAUCAUACUUAG